AUCGCCGCCCCGGGCGCCUAGGCCCGAGGCGGCGUCGGGGCCAGUACGACGCACGCAUGGAGAGCGCUGGGCGCCGGGCUGAGCACCGACGGCUAACCCAGACGCUCGGGCUCUGCGGGGCGGGAGCUUUGCAGAACCAACUGGUCUCCCGGGGCGCGGGGACAUGAGGCCUGGCCAGGAGCCCGCCGCGGGCGAAGCGCGCUGUGCGCAGCCCGGCCCGGGUCGCAGGUGAACUGCUCGGAGCCCCGGGACUCGCCCAUCUUCGGUGGCAGCAUGGUCUUCUGUCUGGAGAACGAGGAGCUGCACCUCCCGCUUCGAAGCACCAUGGUCCACUUCCAGGCCUCGGAAGUCCAGCAGCUGCUUCACAACAAGUUCGUGGUCAUCUUGGGGGACUCCAUCCAGAGGUCUGUGUACAAGGACCUGGUGCUCCUGCUCCAGAAAGACUCGCUGCUCACAGCUGCUCAGCUGAAAGCCAAGGGGGAGCUGAGCUUUGAACAGGACCAACUGGUGGCUGGGGGCCAGCUGGGUGAGCUGCACAACGGGACGCAGUACCGUGAGGUCCGCCAGUUCUGCUCGGGUUCUGGCCACCACCUUGUGCGCUUCUACUUCCUCACCCGCGUUUACUCCGAGUACCUCGAGGGCAUCUUGGAGGAGCUGACAUAUGGGCCUGCCCCGGACCUGGUGAUCAUCAACUCCUGCCUCUGGGAUCUCUCCAGGUAUGGCCGCUUUUCAAUGGAGAGCUACCGAGAGAACCUGGAGCGAGUGUUCGUGCGCAUGGACCAAGUGUUGCCAGACUCCUGCCUGCUGGUGUGGAACAUGGCAAUGCCCUUGGGGGAGCGUGUCACCGGAGGGUUCCUCCUGCCAGAGCUCCAGCCCCUGGCGGGUACUCUGCGGCGUGAUGUGGUUGAAGGGAACUUCUACAGUGCUACACUGGCUGGGGGCCACUGCUUUGAUGUCUUGGACCUCCACUUUCACUUCCGGCAUGCAGUACAGCACCGUCAUCGAGACGGUGUCCACUGGGACCAACAUGCACACCGCCACCUCUCCCACCUGCUUCUGACCCACGUGGCAGACGCCUGGGGCGUGGAGCUGCCCAAGCGAGACCAUCCCACUGACCCGUGGAUUGAGGACUGGCCAGAGAUGGAUCAUCAGUUCCAGGGAGGCCAUGGGCAGUCUCCAGACUUUGGGGAACAGCUGGCCUUGCCGCCACCCCCACCGUCUCCCAUACCCCCUCCCAUGGCUUUUCCCUAUCCCCUUCCUCAACCCUCCCCACCUCCCCUCUUUCCACCCCUGCCCCAGGAUGCCCCUUUUUUCCCAAGCCAGCCCUUCCCACCCCCUGAAUUCUUCAAUUACAAUCCAGUGGAGGACUUCUCAGUGCCAUCCCACUUAGUCUCGUGCAUUCAAGUGUACACGCACUGUUCAUCCACUCUGGAGAUAGACGCGUCAUUUUCGGCACAUAGUAGAUACUCAGUGAUUGGAACUAAUCAGAAGCAUCCAAGCCCACAUGUGAGACAAUUAGAAACCCAUUGUAUCAUUUAUAUUAUGUAUGAUGGGAGCAAAGCUAAAAGAGACCAGCUUAUUUGGUGAUGCAGAGAGACAGAAGAGACAAAGGAGAAGAAAUCCAGAAACCGAAGAUCUCCGCCAGGGGGCGAGCUUUGCACCGUUGAUCGCUCCGUCCAUACCUGGGAUUGUGGUCAAAGCUUCGAGACCUCUGGCGCCUCUUCGGUGUGGAUGCUCACUGCUUCCCGAUCCGGGCUGGGCAGGGAUUUCCCUCCCAGCCUCAGGCCCUCGCCCGACCCCUUCUGUCCCAUGGGCAAAGCUUUCCCCUCAACACCCUCCAGCAGUCGUCCUCCCCUCUCCCGCGCACCUGAGACUGGAAAGGGGAGAGCACAGUGCUCCCCACACACCCACCCCUCCACAGCGCUGUCCAGUCUCAUAAUACUAGGCACUCCCGCAGCCUCGGUGGCCCCUCUCUCCCCUGUGGGCUCCUGCCUCUGCGGGUGCUCGCAGGCUGCCUCAUCUCCGGGAUGGCCUCAUCUCCUCCGGGAUGGCCUCAUCUCCUCCGAUGUGGCCAGGGGCCGCUAGGCCCAUGAGCUGCUCCCCGACCCCCAGCCUUGCAUAGCCCCAGCAUAGCUUCCCCUUGCUCUGCACCCCUGAGUCUGGGGGAGAGUGCCCUCUCCCAGCUUCCACAACUGGGCCUCGAAGGCCCCCAAGAGCCACAAGGCUUCCUCCUGGCCCACAACCUCUGUCACACACAGCCCAGGUCUUCACUGAGGCACCAUCUCCAGGGGUUCCCACCACCAGCAGGCACCCCCUGGUGCCACCCUCUUGAGUCCUCUUACAUCCCACCUGCUCCUUCUCUGCUCAGGGUUUCUUGGGAUGGAGGGAAAUCCUACUGGGCAUCCCUGCUCCUAGGAACCCCCCAGUGUGUGCCACUGUGGGUCCCCUCUACUUAGAUGCAAGGCCUCUAGCUACUGAGCCUACUCUGCUAGGCUCCAGAUCCCCCACCCCCUGACUUGAUUAUGUUUCUGGUCAGGCCAAGUGGGUUGAUGGAUCCCUGGCAGCUCCAGCCACCUCAGAGCUGGCUGCAGGGUAGAGUAGGGGAGGGCAGGCAAAAGUAGCACCAGCUACUCAAUGCAACAAGCGCUCCCUUGCUGGCCCACACAGAAAAGGCUUAGCACGUCUUCCUUCUAGCAUGUCCGCUCUCCUAGGGCUUGCGUUUUAACUGAGUGGAUUAUUUGGUCUUUAAAGGAACUUCAGGAAUUAUGUUGACUAUCAUUUUUUUUUUGUCUCUGCAAGAUCCUUGGCUUUAUUCCCCUCUAUCUCUAUCUCCCUCCCAU